CUCUGGCUUGUUCUUCAUUGUCCCUGCGACGCGCAUCCCCAGAUCGCCUUCUCUCCUUACCCUGGUGCGAGGGCAGGCCGUGCUCGCGUCGUCCGCGCCAAAUCCUCCCCGCAGUCAACAUUCCCGUUAGGAGAAGCGAUGUCGACAGUGAUCACAAAGUUCGCGGUUACGUCUAUGCUGAUGUGGAUGGUCCCAGUUGCAAUCGUCUAUGGAUUUAACCACCAGAUCUUUCCAGGUGUCGGCCAGCUUUCGCCCUCGGCGCAGACCUUGGCCAGUGGAUUCCUCGCUGUCAUCUCGGUCAACCUGGUGAUCGGCUUUUACAUAUACAUGGCCAUGAAGGAGACUCCCCAUCAAGAGCCGCAGCCUGACCCUACCUUUCUGGCGAACGCCAAAGCGAGCAUCAACCAGCCUACAUCUUCGCAAGUGAGUGACGAUUCCCAUGGGAAGGGAAAGGUGGAGUAGGCAGUAGGGCACCUUCACUUGGUUUUUUGUCCCCUUGAUGCACAUGCUAUCAGGAAUCAAUUGUGUUAUGUGUGCUUAUGUAAUAGUAAGCGUGUCCUUUUAGUUUGAUGGAUGUAGUUGCUGAAUCUUUUCAGAACUGGAGGUAUAUUGUGAUGAAUCUUGUGUACCAGUUAUCAGUAGGUACUGUGUUCAACUUGUUAAUUUUGUUACGAUGUUGAGAAAGACCACUCUUGUGAUCAUAAUCGAGAAUCUACUUUCACUGAUUA